ACCUACUUGGAUAGGCGGUGUAUUUGUUUCUCUCUUGAAUCGUUUCGAUAGAAGAUAGAGAUAUACUUUGAUCAGUUUAACGACAUGCUUUUUAACUGUACGCAUUUUAUGUUACAUUUGCUCGCUAUUCUGCUUAUUAUUUCCGACGAUCGUUUUACCUCUUUUACGGCGUGGCGGACCCUCUUUUACCUCUUGAUCGUUGCUUCGACGAUCGAACUUGAUUUAUUUUCAUUAAUUACGUACAUAGUCGAUACACUCGACUAUAAAGUUCAAUUUCGCAAGAUCCGAACAUUCAGCGCGUCGGUUGGAACAUUUUGACCAAUCGCUCGGCGAAAACUCGAAUCGAGUCCACUUUCCGGUUUCCUCGAAAAUACCAUACGUUGUACGAUUAACUUUCCAUCGAUAAGUGGAACGGUGUAACCAUUAGCAUACUCGGAUCAUCUUUUUUUACCUUCGCAUCCUUUCCUCCAUGUCACUUUCACAACGGGCGACAGAAUUUCGCGCAACACCGUCCUACCAUGGUGCGCGUUGGGCAACCGCGUCGUCUGGCAUUCGUACGGGGUUUCGUUCGGUGCGUGUGCCACUACCGUGCAUCGUAGCUAUAACGGUACCUCGUUACGUCAUGUGCUCGCACCUGUCACGCACCUCGGUGGAACAAAGGGUUGCACCACCGGUCGCCGCCGUCGCUAAUAAUAAUAACCAAGCGAGAAAAAAAUACGGGUCGAGCAGGAAGCCGCGUUGCUAUUCGAUAUCUGAUUUCCGCGACGAGGAAACUGCCACUUCUGCCUUCUCGUUUCCUUCGUGCCAGCGACGUUCUGUCUCCGGACCUUGAUCGCUUUAGAUUCGCAUUGUAUUUUUCGUUUCGUACGUUUCGCCUUGUACGCACAAUUUUCGCACAUACGUCACUAUCUUUAUCGAAUCGGAACUCUUAUGGUAAACCGCCCGUCGCGAAGGCGAUCAGCCCGAAAGUUAUGCCAUCAUAUACGUACGCGUGUCUCGUUCAAGCUGUCGACUGAAGAUGCAUCUGGCGACGUAGCGAAUAAACUCCGUUUGACGAAUUUCUGAUUUACAAACGGUCGCAAGAAAUCAUUUACGUAAUUCGUAAAGGAAGGAUCUCGAUCGCGUUAGAAUACUUUUCGAAAGAUUCGCGAUCACCGGGUUUUUCGCGCCUCAAUUUUCGAACACUUUGCCGCUGUUUCUGACGAUAUAGCUCGCUGUCGUAAUUCUAAUCUCCAAGAUCCGCUAUCGUUCGACUCGAUCGAUCAUUUUCUAUCUACGAUCGAAUCUUUAGCCGCGCUAUCGUCGUUAAGGAAAUAAUUCGCGACUAAUUGGCAGAAACGGAACGGAUUCUUCGAUGUUUUCGAAAUGUAGGUCGGUUUGCGACGGCCGUUGAUGGAAAGAAAAAACGGUACGUUAAGAUUUAACGACCAACGAUGAUAAAUUCACGAAGAUAUCUCUCGGAUCUGUUUGCAAGAUGCAAGGCGAAUCGCUGGACUGGCGAAAACGAGGGUAGAGGAGGCGCGUGACGGAACGUAGUUUGCCGAAAUAAUCGCGCAACGCUGUUUCUCCGAUCAACGAUUACUCUUGGUCGCGUACUUUGAUGCGACUGGACGCGCCUUUUAACGCGCUGUCCGUCGAUCCGCAACGAUUUCAAGGACGAACUGUUUAUUCCGAUCGUUGCUAAUGGUUCGCGAGCUCGAUCCCGUUCGGUGUCGUUUUCUCCGGUGUCUACGCAUCGUAUUUAGGACGUGAGACAUAAACGACACAUUCUCGACACGAGUGCAUUCUCUCUCUCUCCCCCCUCUUCGUUUCUCCGGAUAAAAGAUGCGCGAAUCACCGGCACACGGUAAUCGGAGAAAAGCUAGUUGCAAAAAAAUCUAUUCUCGUUGCGGAAGAGAAGUCGAUUCAUUGUAUUCGAAAGGACGAUUUCCCCGAUUUUUUGCCGCUAACAGACUCUCGAAUAGUUCGCACGUUUGUUCAAACGAAACGGCUAACCUUUUUAACCGGAUCUUGCAAAAAUUGCAGGAAGUUCGUGAAAUUCUUAUCACGUUCGUUAGUCUCUUUGUUAUAGGAAUUGUUGGAAGCGAUUAAAGAGUUUUGCCAACUCGCUUGAUUUCAUUAUUCGUUUGUUCUUUACGAUGCAAUUCCGCGAGAAUCCGCGAGACGAUUAUUAUCCAUCUUUUGCUGAAAAAAGUAGAAUCAAGUCCGAAAACAGAUGUCCUCGUACGAAGAAAACUCGAAACGAAGAUAAAUUCGUAAUCGAUAAUUUUCAUUAUGCGAGUCAAUCUUUCGAACGAUCGUUUCCUCUCAGGAUGGCAACGGACGCUGUUAAUUUGCGACUUUUCGCAACUCGUGACACUUUUCACGUUUCUCCGUAUAUUCGGAAUGAUAUUUCGAGCGUCGAAUGUUAUCGGUAGCUUCUUCGACGUAGCCGUUGAACGAUACGAGCGAUAUUCGGCAGAGACAGAUCGCGCUCUUGUCGAAACACGGAAGAAUGAAAUUAUCGAGGGAUCGCGAUAGUCGCUGAUCAAAUUUUCUAAUUACAAAGCUUCUCCUUCAGUCUUAGAGCUGUUAUGAGUUGUAAUUAAAUUCUAAUCGUUUCAACUUAUAACGAAAUCUUAUAAUCGAGUGUUUGGUCGGCAAGUGGUUUGCUAGGUGUAAACUUUAAUCUUCCUACUCGAAAGAAGAUGAUUAUCUUGCUCGAGAUCAGGCAUACGUUUAACAGCGGUGACUUUCGUAAAUUUAAAGCGGCUCGUUGAAGUAAUAUAAUCGGCGAGGCGCGUAGAUACGUCGAGCAAAGUAUAGCAGAGAUGGUAAACAGAGGGCAGAGACGCUAAGACGAAAUGGGUCAAGAUUUCGGUACGCGUCUACGUAUGUAAAUUUAAGAUACGCGCAAAGACAGUCCCGCGUCGAACAUGUGGCCCUGUCUCCGUCGCUAAGCAGAUAAAGAUUUGGGUAUCCGGAACGAAAUUCUAGGAUACCGCCUGCCUAAAUUCACGAUUUUCGAUCGGCUACACCGGCGCCAAGCCGAAGGAUUAAUUUUUGGGGCCGCUUUCUCCUAUUAGUUCACCUUUCUACCGGAUCCCGAUUCCAGUUUGCAUCUGUGUUUGUCUCGCGCGUCUUCGCAUAGAUCUCGUUCUUGUACCGACAUCGAUAUCGCGUAUGAAAAGAUGUCGAGUUACGCGAUACGAGAGUAUUUGUACGCUUACUACAAAGAACUUAAAAAAUUCUAUCGUAUAUAUUAUAUAAAACGCUUUUGAAAUUUCAUUACCAGUAACGAAACGAAACAGUUAGAGAGGCGAGAAGACGAAAUUCUUGACAAAGAUACGAUCGCGAUAUCUGAUUGAAAUAGUGGUCCAUGGACUUUUAAAAAGCUCCAAGUUUGCGUUUCAUACGAUUCGAAAAGAAACAACUUUGACGAAUAGGAGAGAUACUUUUCCGUGUACAAAGAGAAGCCGUGGUUAGAAAGAGCGAAGGAAUGCAAUCUGACCGAGUAAAAUGGAGGAAUGUAGGUAAAAAUAGAAGCAGAAUAUCUUGGUAUUCGUUAGGUAAAAAAAGUUACUUCCAUUUUUCUUCUUCGAAGAUGAAUUGCAAGCUCAUCGAACGUUUUUACAGACAAAAUACACGAAACAUUAAAAUAUGUACGAUAUUAAAGUAAAUGGAGGAUUUGUCGUGUUACGAAAGUAUCGUAUGGUAAAAGGUUAUAUAUCUCGGCUACGCUGAGAUAAUCCUCUCUAUGAAUCCUUUUAUGAAAGAAAUAAUAAACGAAUUAUACAUACAACGUUCGAUGAAAAACUAAUAGAUAUACUUUCUAUUCAAUUUCGGGAUAACGGUGUUACCAUGGUGAUUGGCUUUUCGAUCAAUUUUUACGUUCCAUUUGAAUGCAAAUACGUGGAAUCGAUUUCUUGCAGCGAAAUUCGAUAUCGAAUUUUUAUAACAACGUUAUCGAAUGUAUACGCAUCGCAAUGUACGUCCGACGGUAUUUAAGAUAUUUUCGUUGGACGUUUAUCGUACUUUCGAUAGAUAGUUAAAUUUAAUCAAAACGAAGACGAUUUAUUUUAUAACAAGAGCUUAACGCGAUAAUUUUAUUAAAGCCGUUGGAACGCCACCUUCGAUGCGAUUUAUUAUUAAAGUAUGGCGGUUGCGUUGCAUUCACUCGCACUUUCACGUAUUAUCUAUCGUUCGGCGUUAUCCCUACGCACAACCACUACCAUAAGCCACUUCCGGAUGGUUUGGAUUAGCAGAAUGCGGGUGAGAAAUGUGGGUCAGACCGCUGCUUGCUUUUCUAGUCUGGUUCUUAUCGGUCGCGGUGUUACGCAAAUUCAGGUUUACGACGCGAUUUCGAGAAGCGAAAUGGAAAGUGUGCCGAGCUUAACUCGAGGGCGACGUUUCGUUGGCUAUCUGUUCGAGGGCUUGCGCGUUAACCGCUCGUCUCGCAAAAGUCUGAUCGAUUCGUCUCGCGUUCCGUGUACGCUGGUGAGUAACGCGGUGAUCUCUCGUAUCCGCGAAAGUGGAGCGUUUUAUAAUAUGCACGGCUCCGUGUUACCGUCUCCUGCCACGUUGCAAUUAAUAGAUACACGAUAAUUAUGCAAAUUGCCCGCUUCUCGUUGUACGAUACUAUGGCCAAUCGAGAUGUACCGAAAACUUUGAUAUGUUUUAGAAGCUUAUUUACACCUUCGCGUUUAACCGACUAUCGCUAUUUGGAGCGAUACCUUUUAGUUUAACAGCUAUUCGGUAUAAGAAAUAUUCGUAAAUUUUCUUCUUCUUUCUUUUUGUUUUUCUUUUCUCGGUAAAUUUGUUCGACUUUGACCAUACCAGACCAUACCAGACACAUUCACGCUCAAUUUCCAUGUCUGUCAUUUCCAUGUCUAGGUAAAAAUCUCAGUGACAAUAAACGAAUGUGAAAACAUUUUUACACUUUGUCGUUAUCGCUGAUAGUUGGAUAAGCGCGCAACGCGGAAACGAAAAAAUUAAAAAAGGCUGUUAUUACUAAACCGUAAUAGAUGACGGUCGAUAUCAAAGUUUCAGCAAGGCUUGUUUUAACUUGAAAUAUUUUCAACUAACCGGAUGCUUUUAUUUAUCGUUCCAAAGAUUUAUGUCCAAUAAAUUUUAUUUGUGAUUGUGUAAUAAGUUUAAAUGCAAAAGUAGCGUCAACUUUCGUUUCAAUUUUUUGGUUCAACAGAGAAAAAAUCGUAGAACGUAAUGCAGUCAUUGAUUCGCAUCUUUCUUUCUUUUAGCGAUUUAUCGAAAUCGGACCUAGUCGCGACGUCCUUGUUUCCAUGGUCGAGACAUUUUUGUCGCGAUUGAUUCGUUGGUUCCGUGGCACGAUUCGAGUCACGAUCGGCGUACCUCUCACCUAUGUGACGGAUAACCGAAAUAUUUUUCAGAGAUUUUUCUGUCUCGGUUCUUUGUCCACCGGCGAACCGACACCGCGAUAUCUGUAUCGUUCGUCGUUCUAUUACGUGUUCUCUAGCAAACGAGUUUCUUCGUAAAAUAGCGCUUCGCGAGCGAUGUUGCGUUACAAGAUUCCAGACACAAUACGUUCGGCGAAUGUUAAAUUCGCUGAAUCGAAAUUUAAAUAACAGGCGAUAGCUUAACGGAUGUAAUCGAAGCGUAUGAUAUUGGCUGGAAAAUGAGUCUUUGGAAAGCUCGAUGGAUAGACUUUGGAUAGCUAGAUGGUAAAAAAUGGUAAGCACCAGGAAGAUACGUUUAUCGAUCAAUCGAUGUACGUAUCGAGAGAAUUGUAUUUAUAGGACGAUCUGACGGAUAUGGUCGAUCGACGACGGAAAUAAAUCAAAUACGUACUUUCGAUACUUUACGGUGUAUGCGUAGCGAGUAAUCCGAGGCACGUUCCACGAAAGGAAGAUGCUUCUAUAAUUCCGGGAAUUUAACGUUUUCCUCUUGAAGAGAAAAUCUAUAAGAAGAAGAAGAAGAAGAAGAAAAAGAAAAGAAAAAGAAAAAGAAAAAGAAAAAAGAAAAGUUCGCUCUUCCCGUUUUGUCGAUUCACUCGGUCGAGCGUGGCGCUUUAUUUACGAUAUCUAGGAGCGGGGUAACUCGAGGCAAAGAGAGCUCGUUAAAAGCGUCGAUACGUUGCCUCCGUUCGGAGAAGAACAACGACCACCGAAAUAAACGCGGCUCUCUCCUCCCCAUUGGCCGUUUAAUGAAUCUCGCGCCUUGCUCCGGGAAUCUUUCACCUGUGCCCGAGCAACGUUGCACGCUCCAGCGGACAGAUAAAGGAGAAGACGGUGGGAAGUGGAAAAGAGAGAUGGCGAAUAAAGAGGGAAAGAGAAAUUGUAUAUAUAGGGGGAAAUAGAGAGGAAGACGGAGGAGCGACGGUGAAAGAAAGAGAGAAGAGGACGCGAAAGGAGGAAAAAGAAGGAAUGGAAACGGUGGCAGAGAGCGGCGUUUUGCGGUAGGGUAGGGGAGUAGCAGCGAGCGAGGACGGUGGGCCUGUUUGGGACUUUGCUUACGUAGAAGGCGGAAGAAGCCGGAGGAGGGGCGAGUGUAAAGCGCGGACGAUCGAGAUCGUGAGUAGGUCACUGGGACGUGGCUCGUGGCGGAGACGAGCGUGGCUCGCACCUUCAGUCAGUCCCCGUCGGCCAAGGUAACCACCUCUGGGACCGUGCAGUCGCGUCACACAGAGCCACAGGUUCCCUUUUUCUUUAAACGGGAAAAGGAAGCACGCUCGCGCACUCGGCCCCGAUGACGAACGAUCGACGAGCGUGAAUUAUCACUCGGGGUUAUCGCUUCGUGUGUACCCCUUGGAAGGCGUGCUCCAACCGGGGGGUUGAUAAAGGGAUCGCGCGGAACGACGCCAGCUUCUUUCCAAAGGACAUCGGUGCGUCUCUCGAACGCUAUAGACCACCAUAGACCAGUGUUUCUCUGCGAAGAAACGAAGGAUUCGUGAGAGAGAGGACACUUGCACGAUGGAGAGGACGUGGCGGAGUAUACGGAAAUCGACUUUAAUCUUGUUGCUGCCUUUGCUUUUAGCUAGGGUAAAUUGCGAAGCCCCGCUGGUGGACAGUAGCGCACUGCCUUUAGAACACAGAUCGGUUUACGGGCCACCGGCGCAAUAUGGUCCUGCUGCGACUCACGGCGCCGAGGAAAAUUGGCCGCUGGCGUCUCCGGACACACCGCAAAUAAAACAUUUGCAGGUGCAAUGCGAGAAGACGCACAUGCGAGUAAACAUCGAGUUCGACAGGCCGUUUUACGGAAUGAUCUUCAGUAAGGGUUUCUACUCGGAUCCGCAUUGCGUUCACUUGAAGCCAGGCACAGGUCAUUUGAGCGCGACCUUCGAGAUCUUCUUGAAUUCCUGCGGAAUGAGUUCUUCCGCUAACCAUAACGUGGCCGCUUAUGGAGCUCCGACACCUUCCGGUAGUUACGUGGAGAACACUAUAAUCGUUCAAUACGAUCCGUACGUGCAGGAAGUGUGGGAUCAAGCGAGGAAGCUGCGCUGCACUUGGUACGAUUUCUAUGAAAAGGCAGUAACCUUCAGACCCUUCCAAGUGGAUAUGUUACACGCCGUUACCGCCAACUUCCUCGGCGACAAUCUGCAAUGCUGGAUGCAGAUCCAGGUUGGCAAAGGACCAUGGGCCAGCGAAGUCUCCGGCAUAGUGAAGAUAGGGCAAACCAUGACCAUGGUCUUGGCUAUCAAAGACGAUGAGAAUAAGUUCGACAUGUUGGUGAGGAAUUGCGUUGCCCAUGAUGGCAAGAGAGCACCUAUUCAGCUGGUAGAUCAGUAUGGUUGCGUUGUUAGGCCGAAGAUCAUGUCAAGGUUCCAGAAGAUAAAGAACUUUGGUCCGAGCGCCUCUGUCGUCAGCUUCGCUUACUUCCAGGCUUUCAAAUUCCCCGAUAGCAUGAACGUUCAUUUUCAAUGCGUGAUACAAGUUUGUCGUUACAAUUGUCCGGAGCCAAAAUGUGGACAUCCUGGGCUCGAGUACGGUGCUCCUGCCACGGGUCUCACUCAGGAAUACGGUGCACCGGUUCAUCAGAACCUCGGUGCGGAAUAUGGAGCGCCUCCGGUACCCGAAUACGGUGUACCACCGGCGUUUGCCGAUCCUCGGCAUCCUAGUGGACCGGCUGGAGCUUACAGUGAGCAGAACGCGGAUGUAGUACCAGCACCGCAGGCACAAACCUCAUCUUCCUCGCCGAGUUCGACGCCGGGAGAUGCGACGGCCAGUAGCUCGCCGCAGAGCCCGCAAGAUAACAUUCACCUUCCUCCGCCCCCUCUUCCUGGUCAUCCAGCCGGGGCCUAUCAGACCGUGAAGAGAAAGGGAACCGCCGGUUCCGAGGAGCUCGAGGGUAACCUGGCCACCCUCGGAGGUCGACCGAGGUCGGUCGAAGGUUUUCCAGCCGAGCUUAGAGGUGCCAGAAGGCGAAGAUCCGCCGACGAACAUUUGCAUGACGAUGAUUCCACUAUCUACCGCACUGUCACCUUAAUCUCGAGCCACGUGUACAAGCGAGCAGCCCAGGAGAUGACAGACGUGAACACCUCGAGGACGAUUCAGGUGGUCGCGCCAGGCGACGUGAACUUCGCCUUAGGCACAACGAAUUCCAGCAACGAUACCACGGUUGUUAUCCAAAACGCCAGCGCCUCGGCCGAUCCCGAGACCAUCUGCAUGAGUCUGCCUGGUUUCGUCGGUGGUCUCGUGAUGCUUCUUCUCGUAGUGGUAGUCGCAUCCCUCGUUGCGGCGUUUCUCUUCGUCAGGGUGCGCGCCGUUGACCGGAAAAAUAUGGUGGCCGGAAGCGGCUUCGUCCACGCGGCCUACGCAGCGGAUAACUGCAGCGUACCGAACCCAGAAUUCGUCAAGGUGGCCAACUGAGAUCGCGACGAUGAAAGAAAUUCGGUGAAGAACGAGAGAAAACGAUUUCUCGAGGAUGGCCGAUCUCGAGUGCUGGAAUAUUAUUUAAUUUUUAUGGCCGAGUCACCUCGAACAUUCUCUCCGUUCUCCUCUGUCGUUCGUUCGAUUUUCUCUUCCGGAAUCCAGCUUCAUUUCCACAGGCCUCUUUCCUUAGUCGAAUCUUAUCGUUGGUCGUUCGAACGUGUGCUUUUCUCUUCGAUCGAGUUUGCUUGAACGAAGGAACGGACGGAAUGUUCGGGUACCGUGUAAAUAAGCGCACUAGAAACGCGACUCCGCAGCAGAGAGAACAAGAGAAAAGGAGGAUGAAUCAAAGAAUCGCAAGAACGACACGCACGGAACGCGUUUCACCUGUCGCGGUCGUGCCUGUUAAUCCUUUCAUUGCCACGAAGCACCGCGUACCAUCGGGUUGUUCAAAUUUUUACGUUCACCUCGAUACGUUCGCAACGUAACUGCUUGCAACGAUCUUGUAACGUACCGCGUCAACUACCUUGCGCGAAAAGAUCGAUCGUACGAAGAUAACUGUAUCGAUGUAUUCACGAUAUGCGUUUACGCGACUAACGGCGAAACGCUGUCCGAUGCGGGUCGUUCUAGGCCGGACUCCGUGGCACGUCAUGAUCGCGGCAAGACUAAGAAAAAGUAGCUUAAUCACGCGUUAAGGCGGUAAGAAUAAGUCGCGGCGUGCUACGAGGGGUUAGGUUCGUCGAUGAUCGCCGGAGCAGUCUCGGAGGGCAUUGUAAAUAAGUCGGAAGUAGUCAGACGGCCCUACGCGAUGCCGACGCGCCGAUUUCUUUUUCAAUUCCGCGUCCUCGAUCGCAAACUCUGUGUACACUCGAUUAUUUAUACGUUUGUAUAAUUCGAACGAUUCCUUCUUUCAACUUCGCUGUACCUCGUAUCUCGCGAGCCACGGGUUCUGCGUGUUUGAUGUUUCGCGCGACCGGAAGCCGAUGUCUCUAUCGGAACUCGUGACGAUUCCUUCGCGUGUCUUCUUAUUUAUAUCGUUUUUCUUUUUACGCUAUCUCUAACUCUCUCUUCUUCUUUCGAUCGAUCUAACCCUAAUUUAUUUGUCGAAAUUACCCGCGAACAUACCUCUCUCCAUCUUCCUCAUUCUCUCAUCCCUUUUUCCUCGCUCUUUUGUCCCCCUUGUUCGCUUAGUAUUUAAGAUUUUCGAGAAAAGAAUAUUCCCUGGAUACGGGAAUAUGUUUCAAGUAUGUGUCUUAAGCACACGCCCGCGCUUAAACAAACACACGUACGUACGAAUAUAUAUGUAACCUACGAUGCAGACAGAAUUGCACAUGUACACGCAUACGCGGAAGUAUAUAUGUGCGUGAGUUACAUCGUAUACAUUGUUACACUGGCGCGAGCAACGUAUACACUGAGACAAGAUUUGAUUAUUUCAUAAUUAUUUUAAUUACA